UACUGCAUAACAUAUGCACUACUGCAUAACCGCUGAUAACACCCUAUUUCCCAUGUUACUCAAACAAUUCAGAGUGAAGUUAAAAGUUCCUAUCUGACCGUGCGAUUGAUUGAACUCUUCCACGCAAGUGCGAUAUAUUUGUACUUUUCCUCAGCAUAGUCCUCAAUGGAAUCAGCAUGGCAGAGAGUGGAAUCAAUGCACCACUGGAUUCUGGAGAAUGGGGAUAAGCGGACGGACCCAUGGCUUCUAAUCUACUCUCCUGUACCGAUCAUCUGUAUAUUUUUGUGCUAUCUUGGUAUUAUUUGGAUUGGACCCAAGCUUAUGAAACACAAGGAACCAAUGAACAUAAAAGCAUUGCUUAUUGUGUACAACUUUGCCAUGGUCGGUUUGUCCAUUUACAUGUUCCAUGAGUUCUUCGUUACAUCUUGGCUGGCAAACUACAGUUUUCUGUGUCAACCUGUGGACUACAGCCCCAGCCCACUAGGAAUGAGGGUGAUUACAUCUGUCACACUUUCUGUUUAG